AUGGAGCGAAGCCGCGGUGUCCCGGACGAGGAGAUGUUCCUCAACAAGCCUGCUCCCGACGACUGCGACAGCCCGACCAUCGAGCCACUGCGUAUCUUCAAACCCCAGAGCCCCCAACCCGCCAAGGACAGCAGGUCCUCCUCCUCCACCUUCAGAUACCCGGCGCCUCCUUCGUCCACGUCUCCCAUCUCUAAGCACUCCUUCCCUCUUCCUCCAGGUGCCUCGAGCUCUGCUGCCCCCCUGCCCUUCCCGGACGACGACGAUAUCCGUAAACCAACUCCAGCAAAGCCCUUUGGUUCGGCCUAUAAUGAUACCAGCCCUCGUCUAGACACAAGUCCCCAGGGAAAGAAGCCUGGUCUUGCCGAGCGAAGAGGUGCCGUCCCAAAGCCCAUUUCUUCUCCAACAAGUCCCGAUGCCGACCAGGAUCUCUUUCAGCGUCCCAUAGCAGAUCAUCACCGUCCGGGUUCCUCCAACGCCAACUAUCCAAGCUACCAAAAGACAUACUACCCACCACCCGGUGCCGCCGAGGCCCCCCAGCCCCCGGCGAAGACUGCCGUUGAGCAAACAAAGAUGGAUGGCUCAGGAGUGAAUCGGUUUGCUUCAACCGCCUCGACCUCAACCACCCGGGCUAGCCGGGGUUCCCCUCCUCCCCCCGAAACCCCGGUCGAGGAGCCCGGUCACGUACCGGCUGAUGCUAUCGAGGCCCGGUAUGCAGCCGCCGGUAUUUCUGGCACUGCGACGCUCAACAGCCUCGGCGCCCCCAGCGCUGCCGCCACCCAGCGACUUGCCCAAUAUGGAAAUCAACCUCCGCCUCAACGGCCGUGGACGCCGACAGAGUCGCCGGACCAGGCGCCAUCCGGACCUCCGACUGUUUACCAGGGCAUGAAUGCCAUUUCAAGUCCUCCCCCGACUAAAGUGUCGUUCAGUCCUCCUCCCCAGCCGCAACAGCAGCAGCAAUACAUGCCUCCACCACAACCCCAGCAGCAGCCUCAGCAACCCCAGCAACCUCAGCAACCCCAUGGUCAGGAACAAGUUAGUGUAUUGGAGCAGGACUUCGAACGCAUGAGCACAAACUCGCCGCCUCCUGCAUACUCGAGCUUGAACACUGGCUCUGGUUCUUCCUAUCCAAGUGAGAAACAGCGCCCUCAACAACAGCAACAGCCGCAGGCACAACAGCCACAGCCACAGCAGCAGCAGCAACACCCUGCACUCGCAUCAGGCUCAACUCCUGCCCAGCAGCCGACUCCCAGCGCAUCGACACCACCUAAGAAGGCAGCGGCCGUGGCAGCAGCCGCAGCGACAGCGGCGACCGCGACUGCUGCUGCUGGCCUUGCCUCGCCCGCUCUCCAACAUCCUGGCCACCCAGCAUUUGCCAAUGACCCUCACCCCGAGCAGAAUGGACAAAGCUCGCAGCAAGCAACCGCUGCUGCUCAGCCCUUUGAGGCUCAAAAUCCGGCUUCGCCUCCUCCCUUGCCUGAGGGAUGGAUAGCACAUCUCGACCAGAACUCCGGCCAGUACUAUUACAUCCAUCUCGCAACCCAAGCGACGCAGUGGGAAUUCCCCAAGGGACCAAACCCCAUGACACAUGAGCAGGCCCCUCUGUCUCCCACGGCAUCCACGUAUGGAAACCCGCUAGGAUCACCUGGCAUGUUUGGCAAGCAGAAUAUGGCCUCGCCCAUGUUCCCACCCCACACUCCAGGCUAUGCCGAGAGUAUCAUGAGCGUGGCCGCUUCGGCUACUCCCACAGCUGCUGGAUUCACAGGACCCCCACCCAGCGCUGGCGUUGACAUGUAUAGAAUUCAGCCUACCAAUGGCGUCUACUUUGGUCCGUACCUUCGAUAUGUCAACAUGGAUGUUGAAAAGGGCCUGUGGCUUGGAAGCAUUCUUGUCGUGACGGAUGCUCCUCAGCCCCCGACAAUCCACCUCCACUUGAGUAUGGAUCUAUCACCCAAUCCCAGACAACUUCAGCCUCGUCCCAUUUUCACGCACCAGAGGUGGAAGUUUUAUAAGUAUGAUAUUGAGCUCCCCAUGUCUGAAACUGGUACCGAACGAUGGACAUACGCUGUCACGUCCCAUCUGGGCUGCACCCGCUACGAGUUUGUUGUCGCUGGACGUCAAGAAACGAGUUGGCGUUUCAUCGCACACUCUGGCAAUGAUUUCGCCUCCGGAACAUCGCAGAACGAGCGUGCCAAGCUUGGCGGAGUCGGAUUCAUGUGGAAGGAUGUCCUCCAGAAGAAUGUCGAAUGCGGUGGCUUCCACGUCCAGCUGGGCCUGGGAGACCAGAUUUACGGUGAUCGACUUUGGAAAGAAGUGCCUCUUCUCAAGCAAUGGCUUGCCAUGAGCGGCCGCGAGAACAAGAAGAAUGUCCAAUGGACAGCCCGCCACGAGGAAGACGUUUCUCAUGCCUACUUCCACUACUAUACCAGCCACUUUGAUCAGCCAUACCUACGGGAAGCGUUUGCGCAGAUCCCUCACAUCCUGCAGAUUGAUGAUCAUGACAUUUUCGACGGAUAUGGUUCCUACCCUGAUUAUAUGCAGUCGUCGCCCAUGUUCAAGAACAUUGGCCGAAUUGCAACGGAAAUGUAUCUACUCUUCCAGCACCACACUACGGUCGAAAUGCUGCGAAACGUUAGCACAGAUCACGACAUCUUCACAGUUACCGGAACGGGUUGGCACUUUGUCAAGUUCCUUGGACCGGCCGUGGUGGUUGUUGGCCCUGAUUGUCGAUCAGAGCGUACUCAGGCCCAGGUCAUGGCUGGCCCGACCUAUCAAGGCAUCUUCCCCAAGGUCGCCACGCUACCUCCUAGUGUACAGCACUGUAUCUGGAUGGUCUCUGUACCACUUGUGUAUCCUCGCCUGGAUACGGUGGAGAGUCUUGCCAACACCAUGGCCGUGGGUAAGAAGGCGGUCAACACAACGUACAACAUUCUGGGCAAGGUGACAAGCUCAGUGGCUGGCGUGGUUGGUGGCAGAGAGGUUGUUGCCCAGGGCUUCUCGCAGGUCAAGAAGGCAGUUGGCAAGACGGGUCUCAUGGGCAACGUUCUGAACCAGUUUGGCGAGCUUGAUAUCCAGGAGGUGCUCAAGGAUAUGUGGACGCAUGACACCAAGGAUCUCGAGAGGACCUACUUUAUCCGAACGCUCCAGGGCAUUGCACAGCAGAAGGGAAUCCGAAUGACCUUCCUUUCUGGAGAUGUCAACGCCUCAGGAGCGGGACUGGUCCAUGAUCCCACUCACCCUGGCGACCACAAGACCAUGUACCAAAUCAUCUCGUCGCCAAUCGUGGCGGCACCACAGAGCAACUAUGUCCUCAAGAUGCUGCACAACCAGAAGACGCUGUAUGUGCCACAGAAUGGCAAGAAGUCGACGCAUGAGGUGUCGGACACCAAGGAGGACAUGAUGGAGAUCUUCCACACUGAUGCCAGCGGUGCCGCGCGGGAGCUCAAGAAGCUCAUGGGCCGCCGAAACUAUGUCGCUGUCGUGUCCUAUGACCAAGACGCCCUGGCGGCGCAGAGCCAGGCAGCCUUUAGCCCCAACCCAAGCCUGAACGGCUCACAGCACGGGCAGGGCCUGUCCAAGGUCAGCCUGGCUGUCGAUUUCGUGGUGCAGGGUGACGGGGCCUUUACAGCGCCGACCAAGUAUGGUCCCGUCAUCAUCCCUCAUUUGGAGUAUGGACGAUGA